AUGACAUCGAUAUUUACAAUCAAUAAACUGCGAGACGUCUUUUGCCGUUUUGGUUUAGUUGACACAUUAGUAAGUGAUAACGGGAGACAAUUUAUUUCGUUGGACUUCCAACAGUUUUUGGCAAACAAUGGCAUUAAGCAUAUUUUGACCGCUCCAGGUCAUCCGGCAACCAACGGCCAAGCAGAAAACUUUGUAAAAACACUUAAAAAGUCGUUGCAGGCCAUUUUAAACGACACUGGUGGUGGCAGCAAAAAUAUGGACUUAAUAUUAAAUCGGUUUUUGUUCGAUUAUAGAUGUGCAAAACACUGCACCACUGGUGAAUCACCAGCAAAGUUAUUGCUUGGUAAAGAGUUAAAAAACCGAUUUAGUUUAAUGAAACCACCGUUGGUGCGAGAAAAGAUCUGUGAUAAGCAGUUAUCAAACAUUAAAAAUUUUAAAGGCUCAAGAAAUGUUAAAUUUGAAGAAGGUGAAAAUGUUUACGUGCGCGAUUAUUCAAAUCCGAAUAAGGACGGUUGGCAACCAGCUACCGUAAAGAAACGUAUUGGCUCACGAUCGUAUAGUUGUGUUCUUACUCAUAAUAAAAGACGAAUUAAAAGGCAUUCGAAUCAAAUGAUAUCGGGCACAUCAAAUGCGUCACCAAAAUCGAUCGAUGGUAGGGCAGAUAACUCUCCUAAAGAAACAGCCAGGGUGACGGCAGAGCCGAUAGUCAAUGCAGAUUCAGAAGCUGUUAUCGCAACUAAUGGUGCUGAGCCAUCGAUUCUCGAAUCACGUUCUAGUAGAGGUUUAAGACCUAUUGAGAGAACGAAUUAUAAAGUUUUUUUUUGA